UAAAUAGAAGUAUAGAACAUUGCAUUCCAACUUAAAUCAUGCAUCCUCACUCACCAACCAAGAAAAAACAAUAACUAAUGGACGAACCAAAAUGUUUGACAAGCACUACAUGCACAAAUUCCUUAUUUUCCUCACACAAAAAAGAGCAAAACUUGGAUCACAUUAUGUAAAAUUAGUUGAUCAAAUCCUAACCCAAAUCAUCACUACUCCUUGUCUUAAACCCCAUCCUACCUCCACAUGGAACUGUCUUAUUAGAGCUUACUCUAAAAGCCCCACUCCCAUUAACUCCAUUCUUGUCUUCAACUACUUCAUUAAACUUUCCAAAAUCUGUCCUGAUCAUUACACCUACCCACUUCUUCUCAAUGCUUUUUCCCGUGUACCCUUUGCUCCCAUGGGAAAAUUAGUGCAUACCCAUUUGAUUAAGAUUGGGUUAGACUCUGACAUUUACGUACAAAAUGCUCUUGUUCAUUAUUAUGGGGCUACUAAACAGCUGACUUAUGCACGCUUACUGUUUGAUAAAAUGUCUAAGAGAGAUAUAGCAAGUUGGAACUCUAUCAUGGGUGCUUAUUGUUCCCUUUCGGAUGUUACGGGUUUGUUUAAAAUGAUGAAUUGUGAAGGUACUGGAGCUGAUGACAUUACUCUAUUGAUCUUAUUGUCGGCUUUUAGACAAUUUCGAGGAGGCGAAUUGUUAGAGUAUGGAAGUGUAGUACAUGCUUAUGCUGUAAAAAUGGGGUUGAAUUUAAUGUUAAACGUGAGCAAUGCUUUAUUUGAAAUGUACACUAAGAAUAAAGAGAUGGAUGCAGCUUCAAGAGUGUUUGAUGAAAUGGGUGAUAAGAGAGAUGUGGUUUCGUAUACGAUUUUGAUCAGUGGCUAUCUCGAGAAGGGUUUGAUUGAUUUGGCGGGCGAUAUCUUCUAUCAGAUUGUUGACAAGGAUGUUGUCUUGUGGAAUAUGAUGUUACAUGGUUAUGUCAAAGCAAACCGUCCGAAGGAAGCGUUGGAACUUUUCGUGAAAAUGGAUAGUGCGGGGGUGAUGCCUGAUGAGAAUACAGUGGUUAGCGUUCUGGCAGCUUGUGCUAGUUUAUCGGACUUGCAUUAUGGUAGGAUAGUUCAUGUGUUCAUUAACAGAAACAACAUAAAACAAGAUGUUUUUGUAAAAACUGCGCUUAUCGAUAUGUACUUCAAAUGUGGGAAACCAGAGGAGGCAUUGGUUACUUUCUAUAAGAUGGAACAUAGAGAUGUUUUUACUUGGACAUCAUUGAUUGAAGGGCUUGCAAACAAUGGAUAUGGGUUUGAAGCUUUGAGUUUGUUUAAGCAAAUGGAAGAACAAGCAAUUCAUCCCAAUGAAGCGACGUUUAUUUCUGUGUUAACAGGCUGUAGACACUCAGGAUUAGUUAAUGAAGGCUGUCAAUUGUUCAGAAAGAUGGUAGAAGUUUACAAAAUCCAACCAAAAAUCGAACAUUUUGGCUGCCUGAUGGAUAUGCUGAGUCGAGCAGGACUAUUAACUCAGGCAGAUGCAUUCGUCAAGUUGUUGGCACCGCAAAAAAGACUAAUAGCUUAUAAAACUUUACUAAGUGCUUGCAUUACGUAUGCAGAAUAUGAAGUCGGAGAGAAGGUUGUAAACGAAAUCGCAGAAUUCAGUUCUCAGAGUUCUGAAAUUCAUAAUCUUUUAUCCAACUUCUAUGCUUUGGCAGGUCAAUGGGCUCAAGUUGCAAAGACAAGAAGAAUCAUGAAUAGGUUAGAUACAAGAAAGGAGCCUGGAAUAAGUUUUGUGGAGCUAAAAUCUUGAAAAGAAAAAUUAUUUGCAAAUUAUGCAGUCCAUGUGGUUAUGGUGUGACUGAGAAGAACAAAACAGCCAGUAUCAACUGGGUGAAGAUAGCAAAAGAAUUAACCGAACUCGAGAAACAAAAGACGAAGGAAAAUCAAGAUCUUUCUAUAAUACAAAAUCUUUAACAUUGUAAGAUAAGGCACAACUACUCCUGCCUAAAAUUUAUAUUUUAAAGCACAAGUAGAGCAGCAAAUGUGUCCUAUCAAUUUACGGAAAGGAUUUCUCUUUGAGGCUCUA